AUGGAGCGAAUGCGUGCAAGAAAAGGUGAAGAAGCUGGAAAGGGGAAUGUAGCUCAUCAAAGCCGAAGCCAAAAGAUAAAAAAGAGGAACUUCCAAAUGGUCCUCUUCAACUUGACAAAAUCCCAUGGUUUUGUCUCGAGGACUGUCCCUACCCAGCCAGGAAAGUCUUGGCCUAUCCAGGAUGCUUUAGACUUGUUGGGUCGCCGCCAAGGAAUCUAUGAGUCGUUUACACAUGGGAUGUUGAUGACUAAACACAUGGAGAAAGACAAUGGACACUCUACGGCUUUCUAUGGCAAUUGUCGACGAGGCACGAGGACACAGAAGGCUGAUCCUGGCUACUUAAUCACGAUUAGGCUUACUGUUGUAUCCCAAGCCCAUGCCAAGCGGUGGCCUUGGCUCAGUGUCAAGGCCGAACUACAGCUCUCAGGUGGUGGCCAAGGUGCCGCAUUGGCCUGUUUAAGGGGCAGGUCGGAGUCCGAGAUCCAUAUCUAUGAGUUGAAAGGUCCGAAUGAUCAACUCUGCAAUCAGCUGUUAGAACCAAUAGGUGUUUUGCCUUUAGAGUAA